GUGUGCCACGAAUUGGGUCACUGGAAACACGGACAUUUCUACAAGGCGACCAUAAUCAUGAAGAUUCACUUCUUUAUCACCAUGGGACUUUUCGGAUUGUUCUUCCACUCCCCACAGUUGUACAUGGCAGUGGGCUUCAAAGCUGGCGUUAUGCCCAUCAUUGUGGGUUUCAUCAUUGUUCUGAAAUUUGCCCUGACUCCAUAUCUCACGUUGGCCAAUGUCCUGAUGCUGUGGAAUCUGCGUCGCUUUGAGUAUGCCGCCGAUAAAUUUGCCCAUCGCAUGGGAUACUCCAUUCAACUGAGGAUGGCGCUGGUCAAGAUCUAUGCGGAUCACAUGAGUUUCCCAGUCUACGACCAAUGCUAUGCUCGAUGGCAUCACACUCAUCCCACGAUUCUUCAGAGACUGGCCUAUCAGCAGAAACUGGAUAUGAAGGCCAUGAACGCCGGAACCUAUUAAUCUUAGUAGUCGCCGACCUAUACAUCCGUUUGAUUUUGUACAUUUUUCGAGAUAUCCUGUAAAAUUGACCGUGUUACCAUGACUCGAAAAAAAAUUGCUACGUCCCGCUGUGAAACUAUUGCCAAAUUGGUGGUCAGCGUCGGCAGUGGCGAAACCUUUCUUACUUAUGCAGAUGCUACAACACGAUCCUUCUGCGCGAAUCCCUCGUGGCUGAACUUUCAAAAUGGCAUGAUGGAAGUGGGACCGAUUAGCAAACCGAAUCCCCAUGAUUCCCAAAAGGAGGCAACCUCAUUUCUGGAGCGUCAUUUUGGAAGCAAGCGUCUGGACUCUGAGCAAAUGAACUCGGAAUUCCAGAACAGGAAGACGAUUAUCUGGCACACUUGGCUGGUGGAGAAGGUGAGGUUUCCUCCAGCUCAGUGUGCGGUCAUCAAGGAAUGGAAGGAUCCCAUCACGGAGACUCUGGGCACUUGCUAUUGUUCCUGGCACUUGAAGAGCUGCAUGGCCUGGCAGCUUAUUAUCAGAAAUCGAAUGACGGAGGCCAAGUGCUUCUGUUCGCAAAUCAAGAAAACGAUGGACAUUGUCAACUGUCUCGUUGACUCGGAAGUGGCACAGGAGAAAACAUUAAAGGAUUGUUCUUCCCCCUUAGCCGUGUUAACCGAGAAAGUGUUUGAUGCCACUGAUAUGCUGAAGAAACUGAAUGAUCUUCUAGAGCUCCAGGAGAAACGCAACCGGAAAUACAAACGCCUGUGUGUAUAGAAAAAAAUAAGAAAUCGAAAGACUGCUAUUGGAGUGCUGACCCCUUGAUGUCUGCAUAGAUUGUAUUGUAUUUAUUUUAUUAAAACAUUUCUGCUGUA